AUGGUGCUCCAAGUCGAUACGAGCUGCCUAGCCGUGCCGUUUGAGUGGUAUGUCUACCAUGUACCCGCAGGCAUUUCCACGACCCAGGCCGACUUCUCGAACUUGGCCGAGUUGCUGCAGAGCUGUGCGGAUUUGACGAAGAUCCGGCUGCCGACAAAGUUCCAGGAUCAGGGAGAGCAAAAAUCGAUCACCUACCCGGAGCGGAAAGCGAUUGGGGCGCCGAAGGUCGUGCUGGAAUGCUUGGAUGUGACUGAAUAUCUUGUGCUCAAGGAGAGGGAUGCCGCCGUCAGGCCCAGCGAGAUUCGGGGUGGUCCCAUCGAUGCCCUGAUCGUGUUCGCCACCCAGACCACCGGAUCUCUCUUGUACCAAGAAGCCUUUCUCUCCACCUACCGUACUUUCGUGACGUCCCAUGAUCUCCUGCAGCACCUUACGCAUCGCUACGUGUACAUGGCCCUCUCGCCAGAAGCGUCCUCCCAGAAAGCAGCCCGCUUGACCUUCUCCGUGAUCGUGCGGGUGGUAGAUGAGCUCUGCGCUGUUGAGCUGAAUCGUGAUCUCGUCUCCAUCGUUACGAACUUUGUCUAUCGACUGAUUCGUGAUGGGAACUUCCAGCUAGCCAGAUUAUUGAGAACCCGCCUCAUCGAGCGCAUCGAGUCCAGCGCGGCCUCCAAACAACCAAGCAUCCAUUUGGAACGGAUAUCAAAGAAGCCCGAAUCCAUCCUCGACUUCCGCUCCCAGGCCGUCGCCCAGCAAUUCACAGUGCUUGACCAGAAGCUGUUCCAAGCCAUCGAACCGGCCGAGUUUUUGUGGUGGGCCGAGGCUCAGGACGAGAAACGGUGCCCGAAUCUGGUCGCAUUUACCGAGCAGUUUAAUAAGAUGUCCUACUGGGUCCGAACUGUAGUCCUGACUCCGAAGGAACACCGAGAACGUGAAAAGUACAUGAACAAGUUUGUCAAGAUCAUGAAGCAACUCCGACGACUCGGGAACUUCAAUGCGUACCUAGCCAUCCUGUCAGCUUUGGAUUCCGGGCCUGUACGACGACUUGACUGGGGUCGUGCUGCUACUGAACAGCUAAAGGAGCACGCCGUCAUCAUGGAGUCCACCGGUUCGUUCAAGGUCUACCGUAGCGCCCUGGUUGAGACACCACCACCAUGUAUCCCUUAUGUCGGCCUGGUGCUGCAAGAUCUGACUUUCGUCCACGUCGGGAACGUCAACUACCUACAACCGGAAACUGUAGGAGGGCGCAAGGACUUGCUCAACUUUGGCAAGCGGUGGCAACAGUUUGCAAUCUUGGACUCGAUUCGGAAGUUGAAGAAAUGGAACUACUCCUUCCAACGCGACGACCGCAUCAUGGCCGCGUUCAACAACUUUGCCUCCCUGACCGAGGACGCCACCUGGGAACUUUCCGAAAGCAUUAAGCCGCGUCAGAGGCGAAAUCCU